GUAACAGGGUACAAGUUUGUUAGCUUUUUGCCACGACGAGACAAUAAGAAAAGUCUGGGGGUAAAAUAUGGACUCCGCUCGCAAAUGAACCUUUUGAAUCUAGCCAAGAACGAAGGCUACGAAGCUGAGGCCAGCAAUGUUCGCUAAAAUAGUAAAACCUGGUGGAGAGCAGCCUGAUGACCUUGAAAAGUCUAUUGGUGAGGCUUUAUUAGAGCUAGAAGUAAACUCGGAAUUGAAGACACAAUUGAGAGAAUUAUAUAUAACUGGAGCAAAAGAGCUUGAUGUUGGUGAUAAAAAGAAAUGUCUGAUCAUCUUUGUUCCAGUGCCACUAUUAAGACAAUUCCAAAAGAUUCAGGUCCGUCUAGUACGAGAGUUGGAGAAAAAAUUCUCUGGAAAACAUGUAGUUGUUGUUGCUCAGAGGAGAAUCUUACCUAAACCAACAAGGAAGACACGAAAUCAAAAACAAAUGAGACCAAGAAGUCGUACUCUCACAGCUGUUCAUGACUCAAUCUUGGAUGAUUUGUGCUAUCCAUCCGAAAUUGUUGGUAAGAGUAUCCGAGUCAAGUUAGACGCCUCUAGAUUGAUCAAAGUUGUACUGGAAAAGGCUCAGCAAACUACAGUGGAACAUAAACUCGAUACAUUUGCCGCCGUGUACAAGAAAUUGACUGGCAAAGAUACUCAUUUCAGUUUUGAAAUAUAAAUUUUGAAAUGUA